AUGAUGGCGGCCGAGGCUCCAGGCGAGGAGGGCGGCUCGGCGAGCGCCGCCGGGGAGCCGGGGCACUGCCCUGCCCUGUGCCGGGGCAAGGGGCCGCAGGGCUCCGGCGCGGGUAGCCCGGGCGCCGGCCCCCCUUUGUGCCCGGCGCUGGGACUCCUGGCCCGGGGCUCGGGGCCUGCUCCUCCGGCGGCGGCAGGCGGCGCGGUGGCCGCCGGGCUGGAGCAGGAGAUGCCCAGGGGGGCGCUUGCCCCGCAGGAACCCGGCCCAGCAGGAGGUCCGGCCCCUGGGGGCUUCCCGCCGCUGCCGCCCCCGCCGCUGCCGCUGGUAGGGGGGCUGGGCACCGUGGAUGAAGGAGACUCGCUGGACGGGCCGGAGUACGAAGAGGAGGAGGUGGCCAUCCCGCUCACUGCGCCCCCGACUAACCAGUGGUAUCAUGGAAAACUUGACAGAACAAUUGCAGAAGAACGUCUUCGGCAAGCCGGAAAACCUGGUAGUUACCUUAUUCGAGAGAGUGAUCGGAGGCCAGGAUCAUUUGUGCUUUCAUUUCUUAGCAAAACAAAUGUUGUCAAUCAUUUUAGGAUUAUUGCCAUGUGUGGAGAUUAUUACAUUGGUGGACGACGAUUUUCUUCGCUUUCAGACCUAAUAGGUUAUUACAGUCACGUGUCUUGUUUGCUUAAGGGGGAAAAAUUGCUUUUCCCUGUAGCACCUCCUGAGCCAGUGGAAGACAGAAGGAGAGUUCGAGCCAUUCUGCCAUACACUAAAGUGCCAGACACAGAUGAAAUAAGUUUCCUUAAAGGAGACAUGUUUAUUGUCCAUAAUGAAUUGGAAGACGGUUGGAUGUGGGUUACAAAUCUACGGACAGAUGAACAAGGCCUUAUUGUAGAAGACCUGGUAGAAGAAGUGGGACGUGAAGAAGACCCACAUGAAGGCAAAAUAUGGUUCCAUGGGAAGAUCUCCAAACAAGAGGCUUACAAUUUGCUGAUGACAGUUGGUCAAGUGUGCAGUUUUCUUGUGAGGCCCUCUGAUAAUACGCCUGGUGAUUAUUCACUCUAUUUUCGGACCAGUGAAAAUAUUCAACGUUUCAAAAUAUGCCCUACUCCAAACAAUCAGUUUAUGAUGGGAGGAAGAUACUAUAACAGUAUUGCUGACAUCAUUGAGCACUACAGAAAAGAACAAAUUGUUGAAGGAUAUUACCUAAAAGACCCUGUCCCAAUGCAGCAUCAAGAACAAGUGCUUAAUGAUACAGUGGAUGGAAAAGAAAUCUAUAAUACAAUUCGUCGAAAAACAAAGGAUGCUUUUUAUAAAAAUAUUGUCAAAAAAGGGUAUCUUCUGAAAAAAAGCAAAGGAAAGCGAUGGAAGAAUUUGUACUUUAUUUUAGAGGGGAAUGACGCCCAGCUUAUUUAUUUUGAAAGUGAAAAGCGAGCCACAAAGCCCAAAGGUUUAAUAGAUCUCAGUGUGUGUUCUGUCUAUGGAGUUCAUGACAGUCUGUUUGGCAGGCCAAACUGUUUUCAGAUAGUAGUUCAGCACUUUAGUGAAGAACAUUACAUCUUUUACUUUGCAGGAGAAACUCCAGAACAAGCACAGGACUGGAUGAAAGCUCUGCAGACAUUUUGCAAUUUACGAAAAACCAGUCCUGGGACAUCUAAUAAACGUCUACGUCAGGUCAGCAGCCUUAUUUUACAUGUUGAAGAAGCUCAUACUCUCCCAGUAAAACACUUCACUAAUCCGUAUUGUAACAUCUACCUGAACAGUGUCCAGGUAGCAAAAACGCAUGUCAGGGAAGGGCAGAACCCUGUAUGGUCAGAGGAAUUUGUCUUUGAUGAUCUUUCACCUGAUAUCAACAGAUUUGAGAUAAGUCUGAGUAACAAAACAAAGAAAAGUAAAGAUCCAGAUAUAUUGUUUAUGCGUUGUCAGUUAAACCGGUUACAGAAAGGACAUGCAACAGAUGAAUGGUUUCAGCUGAGUUCCCACAUACCAUUAAAGGGUAUUGAACCUGGAUCUUUGCGUGUCCGAGCACGAUAUUCUAUGGAGAAAAUCAUGCCAGAAGACGAGUACAGUGAGUUUAAAGAGCUGAUACUACAGAAGGAGCUGCAUGUAGUCUAUGCCUUAUCACAUGUAUGUGGACAGGACCGAACACUACUGGCUGGCAUUUUACUGAAGAUUUUUCUUCAUGAAAAGCUUGAGUCAUUGCUCUUACGAACACUAAAUGACAGGGAAAUAAGCAUGGAAGAUGAAGCUACAACCUUAUUUCGUGCUACCACGCUGGCAAGCACCCUUAUGGAACAGUAUAUGAAAGCUACAGCAACAAGUUUUGUUCAUCAUGCGCUGAAAGACUCUAUUUUAAAGAUAAUGGAAAGCAAGCAGUCUUGUGAGCUAAAUCCUUCAAAGUUAGAAAAAAAUGAAGAUGUGAACACUAACUUAACUCAUCUGCUAAGCAUACUUUCUGAAUUGGUGGAGAAAAUAUUCAUGGCUGCAGAAAUAUUGCCUCCGACAUUGAGAUAUAUUUAUGGGUGUUUGCAGAAGUCUGUCCAACACAAGUGGCCAACCAAUACCACAAUGAGAACCAGAGUUGUUAGUGGCUUCGUUUUUCUCCGACUGAUUUGUCCUGCUAUCCUGAACCCAAGGAUGUUCAAUAUCAUCUCAGAUUCUCCUUCUUCCACUGCUGCAAGAACACUGACGCUGGUCGCCAAGUCUGUGCAGAACUUAGCAAAUCUGGUUGAGUUUGGAGCUAAGGAGCCUUACAUGGAGGGGGUAAAUCCAUUUAUCAAGAGUAACAAACAUCGCAUGAUCAUGUUUUUAGAUGAACUUGGGAAUGUACCUGAACUUCCAGACACUACAGAGCAUUCUAGAACUGACUUGUCUCGUGAUCUAGCAGCCUUACAUGAGAUUUGUGUGGCACAUUCAGAUGAGCUUCGGACGCUCAGUAAUGAGCGAGGCGUAAUGCAGCAUGUCUUAAAGAAGCUUCUAGCUAUUACAGAACUGCUUCAGCAAAAACAAAAUCAGUAUUCAGUGUCUAAUAACAUCAGGUAG